ACGCAAUGCAUCCUGCUAACAUCCUCUGCAUGCGCUUAAUUAGAAGGGGGUAUUAAAGUAGAACAGUAAUGCUCCCAGAUUUGAAUCUGCCGUCUGCUGUGUAGCCCACGGAAGGCAACGACAUGGGAAGCACCGGGAGGAUGCUCAACAUGUGGAACAGGAGACAGAGCCUCUUCCCCAACUACAAAGUCACUGGGCCUAGUGCCGAACAUAGAAGACCCUCAGAAGACAGCGCCCUUCCAUUCACCAAGGACAGCUGUAUAAAAGAAUGGAAUUCCAUGCAGGAACUGAGCAGGGACAUUUAUGACAUCUACUCUGAGUAUGAGGAUGACGAAGAUGAGAGGCCUUCGGCUCUUCUUUCAAGGCUGGCUUCACCCACCAAGAAUUACAAUCUCAACAUCAAUGUUGGGGGGAAGUCCUAUCAGAUAGCUUACCGGUUGGCGGCCAGGUACCCCAAAACUAGGAUAGGGCGGCUUGCCACCUAUACAGACCACAACAAGAAACUGGACCUAUGUGACGAUUACCAAGUCAAGAAAAAUGAGUACUUCUUCGACAGGGACCCAGAGGUUUUCAACAACAUCUUCACCUUCUACAGAACUGGGGUGCUGUGGAUAAAAGACGAGCUGUGUCCCAGAAACUUUCUGGAGGAGAUCAACUACUGGGGUGUGAGGAUCAAAAACACCCACCGCUGCUGCCGGAUCUCCUUUGAGGAGCGGCAGGACGAAAUAAACGAGCAGCUGAACAUCCAGAGAGAGCUGGAGGCCGAGGUGGAGAUCGAGGAGAACGAGGAGCUGUUUCAGGACAUGUUCAUGGGCUAUAACCGAAGAGUGAUCUGGAACCUGAUGGAGAAACCUUUCUCCUCCGUCCCUGCCAAGCUCAUGGCCUUGGUCUCCAGCCUGUUCGUCCUGGUAUCCCUGGUGGCCAUGACACUCAACACAGUAGAGGAUAUGCAGUACAAGACUCCCUCUGGCCAACUGAGCGGAAAGACUUACUGUGAAUUUGUGGAGUCUCUGUGCAUUGCCUUUUUCACCAUGGAGUAUCUGCUCAGGCUGGUGUCCACACCUGACCUCCAGACCUUCGCCAGGAGCAUGCUCAACACGGUGGACCUGAUCGCUAUUCUACCUCAGUACCUGCAGCUGGCUUUGGAGUGCUUUGAGAACAAUGACUACGUGAAGCACGAACACGACAUGAGGACAGUUGGACAGGUGGGGAAGCUGGGCCAGGUGCUGCGGAUCAUGCGGCUGAUGCGUAUAUUUCGUAUCUUGAAGCUGGCGCGCCACUCCACCGGACUGAGGGCAUUUGGCUUCACACUCCGCCAGUGCUACCAGCAGGUGGGCUGCCUCUUCCUCUUCAUCGCCAUGGGAAUCUUCGCCUUCUCUGCAAUGGUCUACACUGUGGAGCACGACGUUCCCCAAACCAACUUCACAAGCAUCCCCCAUGCAUGGUGGUGGGCUGCGGUGAGCAUUUCCACCGUGGGCUAUGGAGACAUGUAUCCAGAGACUAUCCUGGGGCGUCUCUUUGCUUUCUUCUGUAUUUCCUUUGGAAUCAUACUGAACGGCUUGCCCAUCUCCAUCCUCUUCAACAAGUUCUCAGACUACUAUGCCAAACUCAAAUCCCACGAGUACACCGCAAACAUGAAGAACCGGGGGAAAGUUAGGUUUGCCAAAAGGACAGCAAUGAAGAUCUCACUUUGUUGUGGAGUUGGACACACUACAUGAUGCUACAGCUAACUGUUUAGGACUUCGUAAGACACAAUAUCUGCCUGAUAUUCCUUACAUUGGCAACAUAUAUAGUAUUGAAUUAAUGUAAUGUUAACUUUGAUACCGCUGAAAACCCAUGCACCCUCUUGUCUUACCCGUCAGAUAUGCUUCUCCAGGGGUGGAAAUGGGAAGGAGCCUGGGGGAAGGAGCCCGGGGGAAGGGGUUUCCGGGAGUGAAACCAUUUUGCAAUGUAAAAAUGUGCAGUUUUACAUUGAAUUCAUAGAUUUUACAUUGGAGGGUUCCAGGAGUGAUUUUCUUUCUCCAUUUCUACCCCUGCGCUUCACCCAUAUUACCCAAUGAGAGUGCUUCUCCCCCAAAGGGUAACAAUACCAUUUAGACAGAGCAUUGUCAUAAAGAGCUCCACAGGUAUCGAGCAACUUGCCCUGUCAGGUCAAGUUCAUUUUAUUGCUCCUUUUUUUUUUUUUUUUUUUUUUUUUGGGGGGUUGCAUUUAAUGAUUGAAACACUUUCUAUUUUGCUUAAUGUCCUUUAUGUCACAUGCUGCUUUUUUAUUAUAUAUAUAUAUAUUUUAACACUGGAAUAACAUGGAGCUUUUAUGAGAUUUGAUUUUGCAAUCCUAUCAUGUACGUAUGUUCAAUAAAGAGAAAUAAUGCUACAUGA